ACUCCAAGCCAAUCCCCACCAAUUCAGCACAUGCGGGAUCCUCGUCCAAAUUUACGAAGAUGGCAAAAAAGAAAAAGGGCACGAAGAGAGAAAGCGCGACUCUAAAUGAUGAGACUGGCGCGAACGCGAGUUCAGUUACUGGACAGAGACAAAGCACCCACAAUCAACCUCCUGACGAACCACCAAUGCCUUUCCCUUCAGUUCGAUCCCUGGAAAAGGGUAGGAGAAAUACUGGUCCCUCCACCGAUUCUUCGUCGGCUUCGGCGAUAGCUGGAAGCGCUUUUGGAAAGUCAUCUCCGCUUCCCACAGGCCAAUUGAGGCAAUAUCCAGACAGAUCAGCCGAGCGCUGCCGUCCUUCGAGGGAAGAAAAUGGGAUAGGACGCCAGGAUAACAUUAAAACGAACCAUCUGCCUGAUAUUUCCCAAGCAUCUCCGCGGCCAGGGAGUCUAAUGCUAUCUGAAAUAAGUCGGCGAGAGACAGCUGGAACUCGAAAUCCUGAUUAUAAGAGUCACACAAAUUCAAUUGGGGAUCGCUACGACGCUUUCCGGAACAUGCGAUACCGCCAAGUUGCAAAUACUGAAAUCUCCGAUGCAAAUAAUAAAAAUGGUAAUUCGAACGACGGGCUCAGAAAGACAUGGCCGCAAACACCAAAGGCAAAUACUUCUCCGAAGGGCAAUAAUACUGGCGCGAAUAGACCCGUAUCCUUUGACAAUCUAGUUUUGCGUACGCCAUCCACUGGUCGAAAACAAUGGAGGAGGACAAAAGAGAUUGCCCUGCCUCCUCCCAGCCCAAUUGCGCAGUACAUUCAAAAGUCCGAGACUCCACCUCAGAAGCUUCAGCAUCCCCAGCCGAUAUUAGUAAUACUCGAUUUGAACGGGACCCUAGUUCACCGACCUGAUCGAAAACAGCCGCAUAAGUUUGUUGGCAGACCGCGCGUCUUUGACUUCCUUGAAUACCUUUUGUCUCGAUACUCUGUCAUGAUCUGGUCGAGCGCGCGCCCGGAAAAUGUCAAGCUCAUGUGUAAUAAACUGUUUAGUAAGGACCAAAGGGCGGAGCUCGUGGCAGAGUGGGGACGAGACCAGCUUGAUCUUACUCCCGCGCAGUACAAUCAGAAAGUUCAAGUGUAUAAACGCCUCGAGAAGGUCUGGUCGAAUCAACUUAUUGCACAAAGAUAUCCAGAGGAUCAGGUAUUUCCUCGGCAAUCGAGUUUAGGUUCCGCUUGGGAUCAAUCAAAUACUGUUUUGAUUGAUGAUACAUGCUUAAAAGCAGCUGGCCAGCCGUACAAUCUUGUGGAGAUACCCGAAUUUGCCAAUCGCCCAGAGCAAUUGAAAACAGAUGUUCUAGCACAAGUGGUUGCUUAUCUGGAAGAAUUGCGGUCUCAGGCUAAUGUCAGUUCCUUUGUGCGGACCCGGCCAUUCAGAAUGAACGACGGAUGGGAUUUUACAUGGUCAAAUGUACAGCCAGACCUGGUCUAAUCUUAAAAGGCUCUGGUAAUCCGGUACAGGGCACGCCUAGAAGAAUGUUGAAGUUGAAUCGUGUCACAUGAAGAUUGGUUUGAAAAGACAAAUAAUCUUGUGGACAUCUCUGAAAGGGACUUGAGAUUGGGUGCCCAAUAGCAUCGAUCCAAUGAAGGCACUGAGCAUUCGCUUUUUAGGCUCGAGCACAUGAAAUGCAUUCUGCUCUGGAUAAUCAAGGCACAUAGGAAGGCUUCCAGCGGUAGAUAGAACACU